AUGAGCUCCAAUCCCCGCCAGGGGCCGACGCUCCGCAACUCGGCGGGCAGAAAUUCGGAGCCUCCCGUGGUGGCGUCGACAUCGGGCAUGCAGGGGCGUCCCGCCUUCCUGGAGGCACCCCCUCCGAGGCUGACAGUGACUCUUACCCCUGAGAGCCAGGAGAUCCUCCAGCAGGCGGAUGCCCUGGCUGCCAGCGGUAGCUUCCACGAAGCCCUCGAGCUGUACCAGGUUCUGUACCAGCAGCGGCAGCUGAGCCCCGACUACCUCGACAAUCUGGUGUGCUGCCUGGCCGAGAGCGUCCGGAGCCGAGAGGGGCUCUUCGCCCCCUGGGCGCAGGGAAGCGGCGUAAGCCAGUCCCCCCGGGCGGCGGCGGCGAACCCAAUGGAUGUGGCGGUGGGAGUCGUCAAGUCGCCCUCAGCGCCUUGGGAUGGGUUCCGAUGCCGAAAAUGUCACGGUUUCCUGUGCGAUCCGGUGUCCCUACCCUGCGGACACACCUUCUGCAAAGUGUGUCUGGAGCAGGAGCCCCGCUGCGUCCUGUGCUGUAUCCCUGGGCCUGGGGUCCCCAGCUGCAGCGGGGCCGCCUCGGGCGAGUCACUGCCUCUGCCCGUGCCGGGGCCGUCGCCAGCCAUGCCGCGCCUGCGGGUCAAUGUGCUGCUCAGCAACUUGCUGACCAAGUGGUUCCCGGGCCCAACCCAGGCGUCGCGGCUCCGCCACGAAGGCAACCGCCUGUACCAGGAGCACAAGCCGGAGCAGGCGUUGGAGAAGUACUGCGAGGCGCUCGACCUAGCUCCAAAUGACCAUUUGCUCUAUAGCAACCGAUCUCAGAUCAAUUCUGUCUUGAAACGUCCUGAAGCUGCAUUGCAUGAUGCUGAUAUGGCCUGCAGACUCCAGCCUCGUUGGCUGAAGGGUCACUUACGCAAAGGCCAAGCCUUUGCCAUCCUGGGAAAUACAGAAGAAGCCCUUAGGGAGUUCCUGUUCUGUGUGGCUUUGGAAGAGGAGAACAGGACUGCCAGAUGUGAAGCUGCCAAGCUUCUGUUUAGCUUCUUCUCACUCAUCCCUGGCACUACCCAGGAGCGCUUAAUAAGCAUCCUCCAACUGGAGCCCAGCAGCUCUAGACCAAAAAGCAGUGCUGAGGCUUCCCAGACCCGUGGAGCUGCCAGCAGAGGUGACCCUCAACUGCCAGGAUUGGUCCAGGAGAUAGAGAAAUACCCUCCUGCUCAGGAGACGCCAGACCCUCCUGGCUGCAUUAGCCUGGAUUGUGUGGAGGAAAGGAAAGAAGGGGAGCCCGAGGAGCUAGAGAAACAGACUCCAGUAGCCAGGCCUAAGGGGGAGGCUUCAGUGUUCCAGGCCCAGGAAGACAAGAAACAGGCUUCAGUGUCCCAGGCCCAGAAGGAGGAGAGAGAGGCCGCAGUGUUCCAGGCCCAGGAGGAAGAGAGACAGGCCGCAGUAUUCCAGGCCCAGGAGGAAGAGAGACAGGCUUCAGUAGAGGAAGAGAGACAGGCCACAGUGUUCCAGGCCCAGGAGGAGGAGAGACAGGCUUCAAGGUUCCAGGCCCAGGAGGAGGAGAGACAGGCUUCAAGGUUCCAGGCCCAGGAGGAGGAGAGACAGGCUUCAAGGUUCCAGGCCCAGGAGGAGGAGAGACAGGCCACAGUGUUCCAGGCCCAGGAGGAGGAGAGACAGGCUUCAAUGUUCCAGGCCCAGGAGGAGGAGAGACAGGCUUCAAGGUUCCAGGCCCAGGAGGAGGAGAGACAGGCUACAGUGUUCCAGGCCCAGGAGGAGGAGAGACAGGCUUCAGUGUUCCAGGCCCAGGAGGAGGAGGAGGAGGAGAGAGAGCUUCUGGAAGCCCUAUCCAGGGAGACAAGACAGGCUGCAAUGGUACAGCUCCAGGAGGAGGACAUACAAGUUCUGAUGUCUCAGUCUGAGGAGAGAGAGACUCUGCUCAUCCCCUCAGAGGAGGAAGAGGAAGAGGAAGAGAUACAGGCUGUGGUGGUCCAGGAAGAGGAAGAAGACAUUCGAGCUGUGGUGGUUGAAGAUGAUGAUGAGGAGGAGGAGGAGGAAGAGGAGGAGAUAAGAGCUGUAGUAGUCCAGGGAGAGGAGGAGGAGGAAGAAGAGGAGGAGAUAAGAGCAGUGGUGGUCCAGGGAGAGGAGGAGGAGGAAGAAGACGAGGAGAUCCAGGCUGUAGUGGUCCAGCCUGAGGAAGAGAUGCAGGCUAUGUUGAUCCAUGUUAAGGAGGAAGACAUACAGAUUCCAGUGUUCCAGCCCAGGGAGGACGAAGGAGAGAUCCUUCCUGUAGUGGUUCAGCCUAAGGAGGAGGAGAUAGAGAUUCCUGUGUUCCAGCCCAGGGAAGAGGAGCUAUACAUUCCGGAUUUCCAUAUUAAAGAGGAGCCUCUUGACUUUCCAGAUUUUGAGCUUAAAGAGGAACCGCUCUACAUUCCUGAUUUCCACUUCAAGCAAGAACAUGAGCUAGACUUUUGCGACUUCCAGCUCAAAGAAGAGGUGGAAGAUCUAGACUUUCCCACUUUCCAUUUCAAGGAAGAGGUGGGCGAAGAUAUAGACUUUCCCGAAUUCCACCUCAAAGAGGAGGAUGACGAGGGGAUACAAUUUCCUGACCUCCAGCUCAAGGAGGAGGUGGAAGAUUUAGAUUUUCCUGAGUUCCAGCUCAAGGAGGAAGGUGACGAUGAUUUAGACUUUCCUGAGUUCCGGCCCAAGGAGGAAGAUGACGAUUUAGACUUUCCUGACUUUCAGCCUAAAGAGGAGCCAUUAGACCUUCCAGACUUCCAGAUCAAAGAGGAGCCAAUAGACCUUUCAGACUUCCAGAUUAAACAGGAGGAGGAAGAAGAGGAAGAGAUACCAGUUCUGGUGACCCAGCCUGAAUCGGAGGAGGAAACGUUGGCUCUCAUGGCCCAGCCUGAUGAAGAGGAGACACUGGCUCUGAUGGCCCAGGCUUUGGAGCAAAAACGACAGGCUUCCAUGUCCCAGUUCGAAGAGGGACACGCUUUUGUGUUCCAGCCUGAAGAGGCUUCCAUGUCCCAGCCUGAUGAGGGGCAUGCUUUUAUGUUCCACUCAAAUGAGGGACAGGCUUCUCUGUCCCAGCCCAAAGAGGGACAGGCUUUUGUGUUCCAGCUCAAUGAGGGACAGGCUUCCAUGUCCCACCCUGAAGAGGGACAAGCUUUUAUGUUCCAUCCUGAAGAGGGCCAGAUUCCCAUGUUCCAGCCUGAAGAGGGACAGAUUCCCAUGUUCCACCCUGAAGAGGGACAGGCUCCCAUGUUCCAGCCCGAAGAGACCCAGACUUCCAUGUCUCAGCCUGAAGAGGGACAGGCUUUUAUGUUCCAGCCCCCCAUGUUCCAGCCUGAAGAGAGACAGGCUUUUAUGUUCCAGUUUGAUGAGGGACAGGCUUCAAUGUUCCAUCCUGAAGAGGGGCAGGCUUCAAUGUUCCAUCCUGAAGAGGGACAGGCGUUUAUGUUCCAGCCCGAUGAGGGACUGGAUUCAGUGUUUGACCCCGGAGAGGGGCAGGCUUUUGUGUUAGAGUCCGAUGAGGAAGAGGCUUCCUUGUUCCAGCCAGGGAAGAGACAGGCUUCUUCAUCUCAAACCAGAAAGAAACAGGCUUCUUCAUCUCAGACCAGAAAGAGACAGGCUUCUUCAUCCCAGGCCAGAAAGAGACAGGCUUUGGGGUCCCAGCCUGGAAAGAGACAAGCUUCCUCAUCCCAACAUGGGAAGAGACAGGCUUCGGGGUCCCAGCCCAGAAAGAGACAAGCUUCCUCAUCCCAGCCUGGGAAGAAACAGGCUUCUGCAUCCCAGCUUGAGAAGAAAAAGGCUUCUGCAACCCAGCCCAGAAAGAGACAGGCUCGGGUACCCCAGCCUAAAGAGGGGAAGAAACAGGUGCGAGUGAGCCAGCCCAAGAAGAGAAAGGCUCCGGCAGCCCAACCAAAGGAUAAAAAGAAACUGUCUCUAGUGACCCAGCCCAAGAAAAAGAAACAGACUCUAGCAACCCAGCCCAAGAAAAAGAAACAGACCCCAGUGACCCAGCCCAAGAAAAGAAUAGGGCGGGUGGUCCAAGCCAAGAAGAAACCAGGUCGAGUGGUCCAAGCCAAGAAGAAACAGGCUCUGAACACCCAAGCUAAGAAGAGACAGACUCGAGGGGCCCAGGCCAAGAAGAGACAGACUCGAGGGGCCCAGGCCAAGGAGGAGAACAAACAGCUCAAGAAACGUCAAGUGCCAAGACGAAAACGAAGUGCGUCAGAGUCCUUAGGCUGUGAAGUACCAUGCAAGGUUCCCAAGAAAGCGUCAGACAACGCCCAGGAUGGGGAUCAUCCUCACAAUGUUCCCUUUGAAUCUUUCGACCCAACUGACCUGGAUUGUCCUCUCUGCAUGAGGCUGUUCUAUGAGCCUGUCACCACUCCCUGUGGACACACCUUCUGCAUGAAAUGUCUGGAAAGAAGCUUGGAUCACAACCCCAAGUGUCCCCUAUGCAAAGAAGGCCUUGCAGAGUGUGUGUCUGUGAGGAAAUGUUGCAAAAAUGUACUGAUGGAGGCAAUGAUUGCCAAGUAUCUGCCUGACGACCUCAAUGAGCGCAGAAGGAUUUUCGAGGAGGAAAUGGCAGAACUCUCCAACCUGAGUAGGAAUGUGCCUAUAUAUGUGUGUACCAUGGCCUACCCCACUGUGCCAUGCCCCCUACACAUCUUCGAGCCCUGCUACCGCCUUAUGAUUCGAAGAUGCAUGGAGACCGGCAGCAAGCAUUUUGGCAUGUGCAUUGGCGACUCCAGCAGAGGGUUUGCAGAAUAUGGUUGCUUGCUGGAGAUAAGAAGUGUUGAGUUCUUUCCUGAUGGUCGCUCUGUGGUGGACAGCAUUGGUAAGAGGAGGUUUAAGGUGCUACGGCAGAGCCAGAAGGAUGGUUACAACACAGCAGACAUCGAAUAUGUUGAGGAUCACAAGGUCGAAGGGGAAGAGUAUCUUAAGUUGCUAAACCUGCACAGCUCCGUAUAUGAUCAGUCACUCGCCUGGUUCAAUUCACUCAAACAAGCACUCCGGAGCCGCAUUCUGGGCCACUUUGGUCCCAUGCCACCAAAAGAUCUGGAUCCACAGGUCAACCCCAAUGGCCCUUCCUGGUGCUGGUGGAUCCUGGCAGUCCUUCCACUUGAAAGUAGAGCCCAGCUUCCUUUCUUGUCCAUGAAGUCCCUGAAGAACCGCUUGAAUGGCAUUCAGCGUGUCCUGACAUUCUUGGCCUGCAACCAAAACCCAAACCAAAUCCAAGUCCAUGUCCAAGAUGAAGAUGAAGACCAGGCCCAAGGCCUAAGCCAAGAACAAGUGCAAGGCCCAAGCCAAGAACCAAUGGAAGGCCCAAGCAAAGAACCAAUGGAAGGCCCAAGCAAAGAACCAAUGGAAGACCCAAGCCAAGAACCAGUGCAAGGCCCAAGCCAAGAACCAGUGCAGGGCCCAAGCCAAGAACCAGUGCAAGUCACAAGCCAAGAACCAGUGCAGGGCCCAAACGAAGAACCAGUGGAGGGCCCAAACGAAGAACCAGUGCAGGGCCCAAACGAAGAACCAGUGGAGGGCCCAAACGAAGAACCAGUGCAGGGCCCAAACGAAGAACCAGUGCAGGGCCCAAACGAAGAACCAGUGCAGGGCCCAAACGAAGAACCAGUGCAGGGCCCAAACGAAGAACCAGUGCAGGGCCCAAACGAAGAACCAGUGCAGGGCCCAAACCAAGGUGAAGACCAGGGUUCAGACCAAGACCAAGACCAGGGCCAGUAA